GAGGGAAGGGAUGGGGAGGGGGUGGGGGUCAAGCAAGCGAGAACAUAUUGUGCAUAAAGUGGAAAAGGGCAGCCAAGGCCAUGUAGAGAGUGCACUGUGCAGUGUUUAAUAAGAGAGAAACAGGUUGGCCACCCUGUUGCUGCAUCCAGACUUAAUAUGUAGGGGUCACUCAUUACCCUGAUCCCGUUCUAAAUCACGCCUCUUUGAGCUUGUGUGUGAGAGGACUUACUAUGUGAACACACAGCGUCUGUGAUUGUGAUCUGGCGUUGAGGUGCAAGGAUGUGAGCAAUCCUCCAAGUCCAGAUAUAGAACGUUAUCAAUCCAGCACUAAUCACCCGUCUGAACACCCCCCUAAUACUCACACACUCUCCCUCCCUCUCUGUCUCCCUCCCCCCUUUUCCCUCUAUCCUGCUAUCUGAUGGACACACUCAACCGCCCGCCCACUCCCUCGCAUAUACCUCCUCCCGUUAAGUUCCCGCUCAGGUGAUUGACAGCUCAACCCUGACCAGACCUUGACCUGACCUUAAACCUCACCUCGCUCCCCCCAUUCUUUAAAGAAGAAAUUUAGUGUAUGGAUAAAAAAAAAAAAAAUAAAUAAUAAUAAAAAAAACAAAAAAAAAACACCAACACCCAACCCUAUCCCGUUCCUCCAUCUCAGCAGGUCAAUCAAUACAUCUGCACAUAUACACUGUAUAUACCGUAUACUGGAUAUAUGAUGGGAUCUGCAAUGGAAGCAGGACACAAAUUCAAUGAGGCAGCGCUGUACAGGUGGGGCAACGUGUGUGCGUGAGUGUUGCCAAGGGAACCGGCCAAGCAGCAAAUGUUCCUUGUAACAAGCAGUAAACACCACAUUGACCAUAUUCCGGAGCUUAUACUGUACACGGACAGAUGUGUGAUUGUCUCUGGGAUGAAGGCAUGACAAGUUGUGCAGUGAAAUGCAACAAUAUGCUUUAGGAGACGCGUGGGUUUGUUUGGCUUAUUAUAAUUAUGGAGAUUCUAAUUAUUACAUUAGAUUCGUUUAUUUAUUAGGCUAUGUUAUCUCAUUUGGGGUUAUUAAUAUUUAAGUGUUUGCCACGGGCUGUUUGGAUGCUGCGCGCGAUGUAUGUAUGUCUCCAGAUUGCAACAAGCAGUUUUUAUAUAUAGCCUACAUUUAUAGCGUGGAAGAUAAAUAUAAAGUAAAUAAAUAAAUAGACUUCCAGAUUCACUGUCCCGGCAGCAGAAACAGCAACAGCGGUGUAGCCUCAGCAUCCCCUCCUCACCGCCGGCCAGUGGUUCCAUCCACCUGAAGAUUUCUGAGACAAUUCUCAUUACCAGCGGUGGCAGCGCAGCACUUGGAAAGGGUGAAUCAAUCUGAGAGAGAGAGAAAGAGAGAGAGAGAGGAGAGAGAGAAAGAGAGAGAGAGGGGAGACAGAGGAGAGAGAGCGCAGGGAGAGAAGACAGCGUCGGUGGCGGCUCUGCAGUGGAAUACGCUGUUAUUUGAGGGAAGGUGAGCGCUCUCGGAGUACCGACAAAUGUUAACCAAGAUGCGUUUCAGGACUUGAUCGCAUCAUCUUAAAAUAAAGUAACUCCUGGGUUCUUCUCACUUCACAAAAAGCCUCUCUCGAAUCCCCAGACAACACAAGAAAAAAAGGGAAUAACAUCUGUUUAUCUGCAUAUUUCUAUGUUCAAAAAACAAGAAGAAAAAAACGCACAGAUUGACAAAGGACAGCAAACAUCUCAGAGGAUGCAUAUUUAAAAAAAAAACAAAUUACCACUGGAGGACUAAAGGGAAAGGGAACAUUUUCUCACAAAUCCACCAGCGUGGAGUCACCUCACCUGUACCUUCGGAUUAAAGAGCAGGGUCAUGUCCCAGUUGCCAUGCGCAUCGCCACGCUGACCUGCCUUUCCGGCCCUUCCCCCUUCCUCUUUCUAUUGGCCCAGCUGCUACUGCGGCUCCUCCUCUCUGGGCCGGAGUUAGUGGGAGCCGCGUCCUCCUGCCCCUCCCAUUGCACCUGCUCCAACCAGGCCAGCCGAGUCAUCUGCACCAGGCAAAACCUGGAGGAAGUGCCCGAAAGCAUAUCAGUCAACACACGAUACCUCAACCUGCAGGAGAACUCAAUACAGGUUAUCAAGUCAGAUACUUUCAAGCACUUGAGGCACCUUGAAAUCCUACAGCUCUCCAAGAAUCAGAUACGUCAGAUUGAAGUUGGAGCUUUCAAUGGCCUCCCCAACCUCAACACACUGGAGCUCUUCGACAACCGCCUCACACUGGUGCCAUCACAUGCCUUUGAGUACCUCAGCAAGCUACGGGAGCUGUGGCUGCGCAACAACCCUAUUGAGACUCUGCCAGGCUAUGCCUUCCACCGCGUGCCCUCGCUACGUCGCCUGGACCUGGGUGAGCUCAAGAAGUUGGAUUUCAUUUCUGAUGCGGCUUUUGUGGGCCUCAUUAAUCUACGGUACCUGAAUUUGGGCAUGUGUGGGCUGAAAGACAUUCCCAAGCUUACAGCACUUGUGCGUUUAGAGGAACUGGAGCUGUCAGGAAACCGUCUGGAGAUAAUCCGUCCUGGUUCCUUCCAAGGCCUGGUGUCUCUUCGCAAGCUGUGGCUAAUGCACUCACAAGUUUCAGUUAUUGAGCGUAAUGCUUUUGAUGACCUGAAAAACCUGGAAGAGCUCAACCUGUCCCAUAAUUCCUUGCACUCCUUGCCCCAUGAUCUUUUCACACCUCUUCACCAACUGGAGAGGGUGCAUCUGAAUCACAAUCCCUGGGUGUGCAACUGUGAUGUUCUUUGGCUUAGUUGGUGGUUGAAGGAGACGGUGCCCAGCAACACAACUUGUUGUGCCCGCUGCCAUGCUCCCCCCUUCUUAAAGGGCAAGUACAUUGGAGAGCUUGACCAGAGCCACUUUACCUGCUAUGCACCUGUCAUUGUGGAACCACCUACAGACCUCAAUGUCACUGAGGGUAUGGCGGCUGAGCUUAAGUGUCGCACAAGCACUUCCACAACAUCUGUCAACUGGAUCACCCCUAAUGGCACUCUAAUGACCCACGGUUCUUACCGGGUGAGGAUAUCCGUUCUACAUGAUGGCACACUCAACUUCACAAAUGUCACCCUGCGAGACACUGGCCAAUACACCUGCAUGGUCACGAAUGCUGCUGGUAAUACUACAGCAACUGCUGUCCUCAAUGUUACAGCUGCUGAUGCAAGUGUAAACUAUACCUACUUUACAACAGUUACUGUAGAAACUGUGGAGACUGGCGGAGGAAACGAUUAUGCAUUGGUCGCCAUCAAUGAGACCUUCAUUAGUGUCCACCCUGGCCCCACUCCCUCUGAUUUGUGGCCAAAUGGUGUUCCUACUACAGACUCCUCUCUAUCUGCUGGCUGGUCCUCCUCCUCUCCCCGGGCCACUCGACCCACCUUCACUGUGCCCAUCACUGAACCAGGCUUCUCAGGCCUGGAUGAUGUGAUGAAGACCACCAAGAUCAUCAUUGGCUGCUUCGUAGCCAUUACCUUCAUGGCAGCAGUGAUGCUUGUGGUGUUCUACAAGCUGAGGAAGCAGCACCAGCUGCAUAAACACCAUGGCCCUGCUCGUGCCAUUGAGAUCAUCAAUGUGGAGGAUGAGCUUGGUGCUGGGGCCAGUGGUAGAGGCAGUGGCAUCUCAGGAGGCUCCACCGUGACACAAGGCGGAACCAGUGGAAUAGGAGGGGGCCAGAGCCACAGGCUACAUCACCCGGAGAUAGUCAACCUGCCAAACCUGGCACGAUCAGAGCACAUCAACCACUACUAUAAAACCCAUCACUUCAACAACAACAUGAUGAGCCUGGGCUUGGGCACAGGUUCAGGUGUUGGCCUCAACAACAACAACAAUCCCUCACCAUGCUCUCAGUCACAGAACAUAUCCUGUUCCCAGGUUCCAACCUCCACUUGCGGGGGACCAACCUCAAGUGGCACCCUGCCCUCUCCUGUGCCCCUACCCCAGCUGGGUCUCCACAGUUCUCUGAAAGGCCUAAUGGGAAAAGGCCAGAAUGAGCCACUACUUUUUAAGAGUGGCUCAAAGGAAAACGUGCAGGAGACUCAAAUCUGAGUAAAACAUGAGGGUAGAAGUGUGGGGUUAAGAAGAAAGGAAUGGUGAAUAGAGACAUUGAUAAAGCUUGCACCUAUGAGUGCAUCAGACUGAUAGUAGCCUAUUGUCCUCAUGGACUGAUUUCAGAUAAAAUUUAAUAGUAUCUGCUUUGUGUUGUCAGUCUGUUGACAGAGGGAAGCAGACAGGAAGAUUCAAGCAGACAGAACAGUAUUUGAUAAGCAGUAGUCCCACCCAUAACACUGUUAAAACUAACAGACAAAAACGUAUACGAUCAUUCAUUAAUGUGUGCAACCUGCUAGAGUCUUUGCCAAAGUCCAAGAUAAAGCCAACUCAGUGGAAUGUGCAAUGAGCCUCUCUAGGUUUUAUACAGAUUGCUUAGUAUAUUUCCAGACACAUCCGGUGUAUAUACUUGGAGGGAGACAUAAUAUUGGCCAUUGGACAUGUUGUCAGAUUAGUGUUUGGCAGAAACACUGAAUAACAAACAAUGAUUUGGGUAAAUGGUAUGGUCCCAGGUUUCCAGGAAGCACUAAAACACAGACAAAGCAAAAUUAGAGCAGUGCAGCGAUGUAGUCCACAAAAUACGUAUCAGACUUUGCAGGGAGACAAAACAAAAACAAUUGUUUUAUGUUUUUUGUUUGUUUGUUUGCUUUUUCAGAGGUUUCACUCUCACAUAUUCACUUUUUCCCCUUCACACUUUACUGGCUACUGUCUUCUUGGAAAGAGGAAAGAAAUGCAAAGUUUUAUCACAGAAGAAGACAUUAAGGACAAAGACAGAUAUAAAAAGGACAGAAAGUACAUAUUAUAUAUACCGUAAAUAUAUUUUCAUUCAAAGAAAUAAAUUAUAAAGAAUCUUUAUUAAGCUUCUGACUGAAAUCUACAAGGACUGAAGAAUAUAUAUAUAUAUAUAUAAAUAUAUAUAUAUAUAUAUAUAUCAAAAGAAAAAAAACACUGCUGUUUUAGUGGCUCUCCUUUACAACUUUUCUCAACUUGUAACAAAAUGGCCACUCUGACUGUGCUGCAUAAGGACACACGUGGGAGAGUGGCAACCAUUGAGAAGGAGCUAAAACAAAACAAAACAAAACAAAACAAAAAAACGGCGUGUUUGAGUGAAUUUAUUUUGAUCUCAACGUUUUUCUAGCCACAGAAAGUGUUUUCCCUCUCCUGUCGCAUUCACAUAAACAGGGUCACAGGAGGCGGAAGAUCCAAAAUAUGACUUUGAAAUACAGUACAGUAUUAAUAAUAAUGAUCAGAAUGUUAAUAAUGAUAACAAGCUUUAGCUUUAUUUGUCAUAGGACAUUAAACGAUCAAGGAUAUGUUACAAUAUUUUACUGUACAUAUUACUAAAUUGUUGCACAUGCUAAUUUAGCAUGCUCUGAAAACUCAAACAUCUGGUUUCAACAUAUACUUUAAGAUAUAUAACAAUAAUUAUAUGACAUAUUGUUAUUGUGUUAUCAUUAUUAUCAUUCAUAUGAGCAUUAUUAAUACUACUCAGGCCUACAAAUAACUGAGAAGUACUUUUUUCAUUUGUGUAUGACACUGUUUAUGACUGAUCCUGUCGGCUAAUAAACAUCAGUGGGACAGACUCGGCGUUCCACUAAGUGAGCUCCACAUGCAUCAGCAGGAAAUAACCGGGCCCUCAAAAUGGCUUCCUCAGUCCAGCCGUCACUGACUCCUCUGCUCUGAUUCUGAGGAACCCUCAUAUUAUCACGCAUUACAGACAGGACAUGUACCUUUGACGAAGACUGCACCUUUGCAGAGGAUUAUUACACAACUGUAUCUCAGUGUUAUCGUGUAUGAGUGGAUUUCAUGGCAGCAAGGAGCUAAAUGGACGACAGGCAUUGCCAAGCACUUUUUUAAAGGUAAGCAAUGCUCGUUCAGUAGAGAAGAAGCUGGCAUACAGUACAGUACACAGUGGGUGACAUUUUUUCUAAAGUAAAAGGACAGUUAAAUGAAAAAAUAUAGAAACUUAUAGAUCUCUUUUAAAAAACAAAACUAUUAUGAUAAGUGUUUUUCAUUUUGGGUUUUUAUCUAGUUUCAUUAUUUUUGUUUGUUUUUUUUUAAAUCAAGUGUUAUCUUUAUUGUAAUAUUGUUAUUGUUAUUAUAAUUAGCUAAUUACACUGGUUAUAAUUAUGAGAGAUGUUCUGUUAGCAGAGGUCACUUUGAAAAAUUAAAAAAAACCUGGCACAUAAAAUGGCAGUUGAAGUCUGUGAAACUUGGUGGCUAUUAUUUUGUUCUUUAUGUUAUGAUCAACUUCAAUUGUGAUAUCACUGUUUGUAUCUCUUUGGCUCUUCUUGAGAUGAGACAUAGCGAAUGUGAAAUGGUCAGCACCGGGUCCUUUAUUUUUCUUUUCUGCACAGGGGGACAGGAAAGGCCCUGCUCUGGUUUACAAUCUCACUCACGCUCACUCUGUACUUUCGUGAAUGUCAUCGCCAUCACAGUGCUCAGAGUGCGUUUGCGCUGUGUCAACACAUCGUUGUCAUGACUACACGCUCAGACUAAUGCGCCAAACGGCGUCACCAUCAGCGCCUCAUAAGGCAUCCCGUUGCCCCUCGUCAGUCACGUUUCGUUGAGGUCCCAUAUCUCAGCGAGCUGGCCAGUGUUCCUUCAGUGGUAGCAAAUCAACCUGAGCAUUGUACUCAUGCCCUCACAUAAAACUCCCCCUUCCCCUCCACCGCUCCAACCCUCAGCAUCCUGCCAUCAGGUUUCCCUGGCAACUGUUGCCGCUGCGACAGCCCUUAUCACAGUGUCUUGAUUUAGGUUUCGAAUACUGAGUCAGAGGACAGUAGAGACUUUCAACCACCCCCCCUUUUGCCAGGUAAUUUGCCCCCGUCAUGUUCCUUGUUAAUGUUUUUAAUUUGCUUACACCAGCGACCAUGUGUACCACAAUGCUCACUUAUUGUUCAUGCAAUUUACAUCCCCCUAUCCCCUAUGCAUUUAAUUUCCAUAGGCCCUACACCAUUGCUAAACACAUGUAUGCAACCCACACUUGUGAUUAACCCUCAUGCGGAUCAUCAGCCAUUAACAUAUUCGUUUCCCAGCGAAAGGAAUCAUAUUCCCAUUCACUACUCAUUUACAUAUUCAUUUUCCUCUGUGUGUGCGAAUAACGGAAACUAUCAUGUGGGCAUGCUCAUGGGUAAGAGUGCUGUGUGUGUCAGUUUUAUCGCUGGCUGAAAGCAUAGACUGUUAUAAAAGCUAUUUACCCCUAAUUCCUCAGAUACUGCGUGCCCUGCCCAUCCCCUGUAGUAGCUCAUCACUUUGAAAAGCAUUGUGUAGCCCCUAUAGCUCCUGUGAAGUGGCACAAACCAGAGGCCAUGUUACUGAGGCUUGGUGUUAGAGAGCGCAGUGGUUGAGCUGGAGACAAACAGUCACAGUGCUGCAGUGUCUGAGUCACAGCGCACUGAACACACUCCCAACAAUCUAAUGGAAAUGCUGUGUUUACUGUGCAGGAAGGGACCUGCUCAUUCACCCAUUCAGGGAAUAGGUGAAAAACACCAGGAUAUGGGUGUGUGUGAGAGCGAAUGUGUGUUUUUAUUGCAUGUACAGCUCGGGAUUAUAAAAUGCCUGUUCUACUGUUGUGUAAGGGAAAGCAUCAGGACAUUUGAAGUGGUGUGCUGUUUAUGGCAAAAGAUGUUACACCCGUUGUUGAUGGAAUACUGCUCAAUGUGUGCACGCGUGCACAUGCGUGUGCCCAUGUUCAGGUGGGCUUAUGCUAGCUGAGUCGUAUAAGGAGAGGAAGAGGAAGGAGGGGUGGUCAGACCUCCAUUUUAAAUCCCCAGUUUAAACCAGCUCUCUCUCCUGCCUCGGGCUACUUUUAUGAUCUUCUCAGUGACACUUUGAGUAAAAAACCAAAAGUUUUUUUUCCCCCCUUAAGAAGCCCACCCUUCCAUCUUCUUUCCCUCUUCCUCUUCAUAUAAGGAUAAACCGAAAUGAUUAAAGGUCUGUUCCUGUUAGUGUUUAUCUUCAUUGUUUUGCUCUGGCUCAGCCACAUAAGAGAGUAACACCUGUUGGUGAAGCUUAAGUGAUUUUUAAUGUGCACAUUCAUUGGCUGUGCUUGUGGUUAAUCGCCUUGACGUUGAUGUGACUUUUACUCAUAACCGUAACGAUGCACAUGGAACGGUUCGGGGCCCCUCUGUUAUGGUGGGCGAGGUUUGUGUAAUCACAGAAAUGAGGACAUUCCAAGUUCAGCUCAGUAAUGUUAGAAAACGCAACCAUAUUCACACCAGUCCCUGAGGAUGGCAAGGCACACAUGUUAACCUCAGCACUACAAGCCCUGUGUGAGCUCCACACUGCUUAAUUUCUUCUCUGUCAACCAACCUUUAAAAAUAGCCGUGAAGCCACAGCAGAGCUCAAUGCAUUAUUGAUACUCAUGGUGUCAAUGAUGCAUGUGCUUAGGCACCAGUGCUAAUUUUCUGCACUCUGCAGAGGUCAAAUGCAUACGCUGGUUGUAAUUUAUAUGCAUCGUUAUUGCUGUUGUUUUUUUCACUUGGUCUCCAUGAUGGUUCAUAGGGGCCAAAUGUUGCAGCUUGUCACCUCACGGGACGGCUGGUGUGAUUCUGAUAAGCGCGCCAGUGUUUUGUGCACCACUGUGUCAUCGAGACUCCACCCCCAAUCUCACUAUGGUUCACUUUGCUUCGCCACGACUUUAAGAUGUUUGGCAGCCAGGGCCUGCUUUCAUCACCAUCACAUUAGUCCGAUUUGGUGGCACCAGCUCGUAAGCUCAUUCUGCUCAUUCGCAUUAUGAAUGAAGAAUUUUUUUUUUUGUUGCUGCUUGGAGCUCGGGAUGAGAUGUGCACAGACAUUUUUCUGUGUCAUCACUAUGAAAAGCCCGCCCUGCAACCAUUCAUCAAACCUGACCGCACACACAAGCAUGUCUACAUGCAAGGGCCACACACACCCACGCAACGUCCUCCGACACUGACAGGCUGACUAAUUUAUUGAUUGAGGUGGAGCUUUCUUAAACAAUCUGCGGCUGAGUGCAGUGGAGGUUAAUGCAAACCUCUCAGCCACUGCCAUAGUGCUUCAGUUCACGCGCGUGAGCUUUAUAUCCUGUGAAGGUGUCCUUAAUUUGAGAAUUGCAGAGACAUUAGUGUAUGGCUUAGUCCCUCGUUGCCUUGGAAACACUGUCGUUGGUCACAAGAUGUCCAUUUUGGUCGUCUUGUGAGCUUUCAGCUGCGUGGAGUCGGAGAGGGCAGUCAGUGUGUGUGGGCUGUGACGUGAGAGUGAUGAGUGGUGUUUCAUCCCAGAUGACUAUCUCCUCUGUGUCACUCAGCUGUAGGUCAGAGGGCCUAAGAGCUUCAGCUCAGAAGAAAGCUGAGAAAAAAUCCACAGACUCACUGAAAUAGUAAAAUGGGACAUGCUCAGAGUCCAUGUAAUUGUAAAGUACCGAUUAAUGGAAAUACUAAAGCUGGAGCGCUGCUUAACACAGAGCUUCUCAUGAAUGCUUUAUAAAGGAGAAUAUCAUCGCUGUCAUGUGGAAAUCUUGUAACUCCAAUUUUGAACAUCAGUGGAGUGAUUACAUUUUGAAAUUUGCACUGAGACUAAACUGCCAUUUGUGUUGGUGUCACAACUGCAUGGGGUAAAAAAAAAUCUUGAAGUUCAAAAGAAGCCUGUUUUUCUUACAGCCAGAGAAGCUGUGCAAGGUUUUCACCCAACAGCGACCAUGUUGCACUUUCAGACACAGCUUUGUGUUUUGAGAACAAUCUGGGAUGUUGCAGAUCGUGUUGGGAUUCGGGAACAUGCUUCUGGAGCAACUUCAUGCCCUGGAGUGCAGUGGGAAACUCCUCUCCAGUUUUGCGAUGUGUGUGGAAUUGUGCUGGAAUGUCCUGAACUGGCCUUAACUAUUAACGGAUGUGCUGACCCAGCAGCUGUGCUCCUCUCAGCGGACCGGCUCACACUUACGUUUCCAAACGUGCAUUCCCUUCCAUCUGCAACAGUUCAGCUUCCAGAUUUACUGUUUAUGGGAACUUUGGCUCGGCAUCAUAAUCCCACUCUGCCGUGUGUGAUGUUUGUUUGAAGCUGGGCAGAAGCCAUAAACUACAUUUCAACACUUUGAAGUCUAAAUUCGGGAGCACCUUAUGGAGGAUCUAAGCUGAUCUAAGCUGAUGGCUUGAUAAUGAGUAUGCCUAAAACUUACCCACCUAUUGGGGUGGCAGAUUCCCCAGAGGACGUGACGUCAGCCCAUAUGGGCUCUGAAGUCGACUGGUCUGAGAAAGGUGAAAUUAGCGCAGAAAUCAGCUCCGACCCAGAUAAGCCUCCCCAGCUGAGGCUUAGAUUCAGACCUGCAGUGGAAGAAGUUUUAAAAAGGCAGGAGACGGUUGUAAACAGUCAUCAAUAUGAAAUUCACUUUUACUGGAGAUAUUGAUUUUUCUUUACCCUUUUUUUGGUCUCCACCCCCACAUACCAGCCAGUGAGGCACGCUGCUUUUCUCAUUGGUGCUGAUUUAUUUAUCCAGUCUGGCCCUUAGUACCCUCAUUUCACAUCUGUUCUCAUUUCUGCGUGCACUCUAUGUGACACCAACCUCACAAGUUAUAUUUUUAUGUUCAUGAACUGCUACCAGCGACUUACGGUGGGCACGAAAGUGGCCUCCAGUGUCCUCAAGCCGUGGUGUUUGUGUGCAACGCAUCACGGCCGCGGCACAUACACCAGACAGUAAAGCCCGCUCGCCGCGGCGCAGCUUCUGUCGCCUUGGGCUUCCCCACCCUGUGGGCCGAAAGGAAACAGUGACAAGGGAGGACAGGGCAGGCAGAAAUAGAGAAACAGAAAGGACAGAUAGACGGAAAAGAGAUGAGGACGACAGGACGAAUGAAAGAUGACACUGAGAGACAUCCUGUCACUCCAUAUCUAUGUAGGUUUUAGUCCACAUGUGUGAACAUGUUUGAAUGUGUGAUGUGUGCAGAAAUGUCUCUCUCUUACACACACACGCGCAGACUCUAUGUGCUGUGUGUGUGUUUGUAUAUCUGCAUGAGUUGCAUCAGUAUGCAUAUUUAUGCAUACGUCCGAAUGGCUUGCAUUUGAGUGCGCACUGUAUCCGUGUUUGUGUAUCUGUGAGCAGCAGAGAUAAAGACAUGAAGGAGGAAGGGCCGCCGUGGUGCUUAUAUGUCACCCAGCGCCGGAGGGUGAAUGACUCUUCUCUGUCCCCGACCCAAGGGAGGCAGAGGAGGAGCAUGGCUGACAUCUCCUGCUUCUCUGCCUUUUUCUUGCCCUCUCCUUCAGAAAUGUAGCUGAAGCUUCAGUCACGGCCUCUCCCUCUCCUUCUGAGUCACACGCAGCAUACUCAUAUGCUCACUUGCUCGCAGGAGUGCGUCUUGUAUUAUUCCCUUCUCCUCCUCUCAUGCUUCUCAUCCCCAUAACCCUUCUGUUCUCCUCCUCUGCUCUUUUCUAUCUACCUCAUACUUCCUGUUUCACCCCUCCCACCUUCUCCUUCUGCCAUUUUUCACGCCCCUGCAGCUAGAUGUCGAAUUGGGAUUCUGUAUUAACCCCUCGAUCCACACAAACACACACACAGUCGCUCCCAUGCUGCCAUUCACCCCCUAAACCACUCCGAUCCUCUCUCAGGAAAAUGGAAAACAAAACCCACAACAAAACAAGGCUUCUGAUAUUUCCUUCCCUCUGUUCAAUUAAACAUGGCCUCCAUCUGCUUCUUUGUUUCUCUUUGGCUUUUCUUCUGCAAUAUUGACUAUGGUUGUUCUUGUGAUUGUUUCUUAAGACUGUGUUUUAACCUGUUACAACUACAGAUGUGCGUAUUAACACUGGAGGAACAUGUCACGGGGUGUGUGUGUGUGUGUGUGUGUGUGUGUGUGUGUGUGUGUGUGUGUGUGUGUGUGUGUGUGUGUGUGGAUGUGCGAGAGGAGGGUGGAAUUGUUCUGCUUCAAGGUUCUGUGCCAAAUCUUUUUCAGAACAUUCAAUCUCUGUUCAUGUGCCAUACUGAGAAAUUUAUGAAAUAAAAAUAACAUUUUUCACAAA